GUGACGUAGCCGGACGUGACGUACUCACCGGUCUGUUGCUUCUAUUUCGCACGGUAUCCACUUUGUCUCGCUCUGCGUUUUUGCCGUCAUUCUUGCAGGAAUCCAAAGAGCUUGUCUUGAGCGAGGCGGCCGCGGAAAGCAGCAGCAUGUCCACGGCGCUGGAGAGCUACAUUAACCGUACGGUCGCCAUCGUGACGUCAGACGGCAGGAUGAUCGUGGGCACGCUCAAGGGCUUCGACCAGACCAUCAACUUGAUCCUGGACGAGAGUCACGAGCGCGUGUUCAGCUCUGGUCAGGGUGUGGAGCAAGUUGUUCUGGGACUCUACAUCGUGCGGGGGGACAACGUGGCUGUGAUCGGCGAGAUCGACGAGGAGACGGACUCCACGCUGGACCUGGGAAACAUCCGAGCCGAGCCCCUCAACUCCGUCGUCCACUGAUCUUCCAAACUCGCAACAAUGUCUUUUUUUUUUAAUUGUUAGUUUUAUAUGAGUCUUGUUCUGUUCAGUGACAUUUUAUGCUUGAAUAAAGUUUGGGACUGAUAAAAA